UUGCGAGUCGCAAGCAUGCUUGAGAUUGGUCGCCUUCGAGUCGUUGAGCACGGGGGCGGCGACACCGUCGCGGCACUUGCUCGCGGAUCGCACCGCAUCGAGUCCAAGGCCGACCUGCUCCAAUAUACAUGGUCAGCAUUUCCAGUGGACCAACCUCUGUGGCGUGCAAUCUUCGACAUGCUGGACGAUUUGCCCAUUGCGUUGACGGUAACUGUGGACGACAUUCACUACGAUGAAUGGAUGAUUCUCCACGUUGACUUGCGUUUCGAGUCGACCCCACCGUCCAAACCAUCGUGGAUCCGCCGCCACGACUAUGUUCUUCAGCACUUUGAGGCAGCGCUCGUCCGCUCGACGACCAGAGCAAUCACACCUGCCGACCUCGACUUAGCUCGAGUAUGCGAAUGCCACGUCGUGGGUUGUCGGGUGCAUGCUCCAUUGACCACGUCCCUCCUCAAGAAGCACUCGUUCAACUUACCGUCGCUGUUCAAGAGCUUAGAAAGUCCAUUGGAAGCGACCCAAAUGCACAUUCGGCCGGACCGGUCGUAUCUCGACCGACUGAAACACGGCCAAACAUUGGCAUUGACCGAUUUGCCGAUGAAUACAAUUUGGUGCAUUCUCAAGUACCUAAAUGCCCGCGAAAUUGCCAUGAUGAGCAUGGUGAACUCGUUGCUGCAGCAUGUCACGUACGACACAGUGCCAGGUCUCCAUUUGAAUCUGUUCCCGCACCAGAAGAAAGCGCUCAAGUGGAUGCUGUUUCGAGAGAGCCACUCUCUCCAUCAACUCUUGUCGAAACCGCAUCCGUACGUCAUUCAGAACUGGAUCGACCCCGUGUUGGGACGCACGGUGCCGGCAGCAUUCUCGAGAGAUGCCCGCGGAGGCUUCCUGUGCGACGAGCCUGGGUUGGGCAAGACCAUCACGAUGAUUUCCCUUCUCCUUCGGACGCAGGGAGCGGUAUCGCGCCCGGACGACGACACCGACAUGUCCUCAUCGUCUGCUUAUGUCCUGCGCUCCAAAAACCACUCUGGACGCCGCGUAGCGACCAACCAACUGAGGCCAUCGCACGCUUCCUUGAUCAUCGUCCCCGACACACUGAUGGCGCACUGGUCAUACCAGCUCAAAAUGCACACGACGGGGCUACGAGUGCUCUUCGACUCACGCAAAAACGUGCCUGACGUGGAUGUCCUCGAGCAGUACGACGUCGUCGUCACGUCCUUCGGACGGCUAGCCACACACUGGAUGCACCAUCGACCUCUCAGCGCGCUAGAACGUCGCGCGCCGGAACGCCUCGGGUCGGAGAACCAACGAAACUACGCCGACGGCGUCGAGCACAAGUCUCUGUCCCCAUUGAGUCAGCUGCACUGGGUCCGCAUCAUCGUGGACGAAGGUCAUAAACUUGGCGGGACAGCGAUCACAAACGCGAUGCAAAUGCUGUGCAGCUUAUCAGCGGACAAGCGAUGGAUCAUGACGGGAACUCCUACACCGCACGUUGCGCAGACCGAUGGUCUUCGGCACCUCCACGGCUUGCUGCGGUUUUUGCAGGAGAUGCCGUACGGGUGCAACGACGGCAAGCCUUGGCUGCAGGCGAUCGCCAAGCCGUUCGAAGCCAAGUGUGUCAAGGGGUACUUGCGCCUCGAGCGCUUGCUCAACCGCAUCAUGCUGAGACACGUCAAGGCCGACGUUGCCUCGAUUCCUCCUCCGAUCUUCAUCACGACGGUCGUGAACCCGACGCCUGUCGAGUUUCGCAUUUACAAUGGCGUUGUCGGCGUCGUCCGCGGCAACUUGAUUGUGACCAAGUGGGACCCCGAGACGCCUGGGCCAUUGCACAAGGACAGCUUGCUCAACCCUGACAACCGGAAGGACGCGAUCUUGGCUGUGUCCAACUUGCGCCUUGCCUCAUGCGGGGGCGGGACAAUGGAAGUGCUGCUAUCUCAAAAGCAUUACGUCGAGACGAUCAAUUUCUUUGACGAGUUCCAAAUGGAUUGGGACCGCCGCCUCAUCGUCCAGCAGUACAUGCGCAACGCGCAAGACGGCAACUGCACGCCAUGCGAAGUGUGCCGCCGCGAGCUCCAGUUUGUCAUGGUUACUGUCUGCGGGCACUUAGUCUGUGCCGACUGUAUUGAAAAGCACGUGGACACCCAUGGCUUCGUGCCAGGGCCGGUCUUGCGGACAACGUGCCCCGUGUGCAAGGCGACGUUCGAUUGGGAACACUUUCAAGAGCUCCAGCCGGGUUUUGACUACAAGUGGACGUCCGACGAUGCGAGCCCUGCUCCAGUAGGAUCGGCGCCCCUCGGUGUCCGACCUCCUCCCACACAGCCUCCGUCACUUGCGCCCGGUCGAAUUGAUGGAGUUGACGGUGACGAAGAUCACAUUUGGGCCAGCAGUAAAGGUCUGUACGUCCUCGAGCGCAUUCAAAGCUUGCUUGGUGUCGGCAAGCACCCCGUACAAUCCCAACCAUGCCGCCGCCGUCCCAUCAAGUGCAUCGUUUUCAGCGACUUUCAGGAGCACAUUUACCGCAUCCGUCCCGACUUUGCGCGCGCUGGCCUGCGCUUUGUCUCGUUCUUGUCGGGCGAGGUCAAGUUGAGCGCGCGCCUCCAGCAACUGCGCGAUUUUCGCGACAACGACGACAUCCACGUCCUUUUUAUGACGGAAAUCGGCGCCAUCGGGCUUGACUUGUCUUUUGUCACGCACAUCUUUCUCAUGGACGAGAUCUGGGACAAGAGUGUGGAGAAGCAGGUCAUCGCACGUGCCCAUCGAAUGGGGGCGACGGAAUCCGUGAUUGUGGAGCAGCUCGAGAUGCGAGGCAGCAUGGAGGCAUUGGUUCGGGAGCUGUAUGCGGUGCCGCAGCAUCAGCAGGGCGUGGAACGGCACAGUAAGGAAGGGAAGUCCCAGCACAAAAGAGCCAAAGCCAAGCAAUCGAAGAGCCUCUUUCGCGUGAUGAAUAAAGAAAGCAUGUCGUCCUUGCGGCUAUACCACGUGCUCAAGAACGUCCGCAUGAUCGAGGGACCGCAACAGAACGGCAGCACCGUCGACGCAACGACUGCAACGUGCCGGGACGACCACCAAGCCGACAUCAAACCCGCGAUGAAACGCGCCAGAAUAGGAGGAUGAUGAAGUGGUUAAAGUGUUCAGCAGCUUAAGCUUUUUGGGAUGCUUUGGGUAAGAGCCACGCACGUGAUCCGGGACGCGACGCUUGUUGAACGGACGUUCCGUGGAGUUCAAACAC